UUCCUUCUUUCGCAGUGUUUCUCGACAAGGCGAUACGCGACCUCCUCCUCUCUAUUUCGGGGUAUUAAGAUAUCACAAGAUAUUAAGAUAUCAGCUACAGAAGACAGCUGAGUUGAAUUUGAAAAUGACUGAUAUCAAUUGAUUUUCGAUUUUGAAGUGCUUAUAUAAGAUUUUUUUUUUAAAUGAUACAACAGCUGAGAGGAAUUUUAUAUUAAAAACGGCGAUAAUAUGUUGAAAUCCAUGAUAUGAAAAUUGUCGUUGAAUUUUUUCAACAUUUUAGAAAACUACAGUUGAACUAAAGUCUGUUUAUAUUUUAACAAGUUAAAAAGAUCAAAAUAAGUGAAACAAUUCUUUACGCACAAAGCCGAUGGUAGAAAAAUCAGAAGGCGAGUGUGACAUAAAUCAAAGAGGCUUAGAAACAUAGACAGUCGAGACAGAAAACUAGGAAGUAAGAUAAAAGAAAUGAAAAUGUUGCCAAGCAAGCUAAAGACUAGUGGGGACCGAAUGGAAGCUCAUAAUGAUCAUAUUAAACCUGAUCUGAACAUAUUGUGGACUUCAGUUAUUCUUCUUCUGAUCGUCGCAGGAAUCAUGGUCUUUCUUUUGACAUCGAGAAGCAUCUUGAGUGAUCCCUCUCAGCAGUCUCAUCAGAGUGAAGUAAUAUCACUGAAAGGUAGAAACAUAUCCUACACUUACCUCGAAGCGAUUGAUAAUUACUUUACAGAUACAAAAUCGCCCGUCAUCGUUUACACUCCACAAAGUUAUGAAGCUGCUUUCGAGGAACAUCUGUGGUACUUUGGUACCACUGAAAAAACUGGUGGCGAAGUCACCGCUGCAGUUUUCACGCCAAGUAACGUGAAAUAUUUACAGUUGCUUUUGAGAUCAAAACAAACAACGAUCACAGUCACAUACAGCCUGAAUUGCUCCUCUCAAUCUCACAAGGUUAAGGACACAGAAUGUUCUCCCAUGAGGAGAAUGGCGCCACACGACAAAAACACCAUUGUUGCGGAUGUGUCAAACGACGUUCAGCCUUGGUUAAGUGGGGAAUGGAAACUGACCAUUAAAACAGUGAAGUGGAACAAGUUCUACGAAGAAGAGGACAAAAUGCAACCUGCUCUUUGCAUACAGCAUCGGGGAUCGAGAACGGCAGAAGAAAGUCCACUGCAAAACAUUCUUAAAAGUUUCCUGGUCAACAGAAUCAACGAACAGAUAGCCAAGAUUCCCAUCAAAUACCAAGGAGAAGAAGAACGACAACGCAAGAGAAAGCAACGAUCCACGCCACUCGAAUGUCAGAUGUUCAAAUUGGAGAUGAGCCUGAAUGACCUCGGUCUUGCGAAAGUCAUUCUUCCAACACAGGUGUACUUGACCUAUUGUCGGGGUACGUGCCUCAUGUUAGAUGACCCGGAGCUCUUUACCGUCAAUGCUCUCGUCAGGGCCAAAUACACGUUCCUUUUCGGCAACGACAAGGUCCCGUCGCCCGAGUGCGUCCCGACCCACUUCCGACCGCUGCCGUUCUUCGUCCAGCUUGGAGACCAGAUCAGGAGAGUGACUUUCGAAGACCUGGACGCCACGAGAUGCGGCUGUCGAUGACUCCUUCUUCUUCUUUUGAGAUAAGCUGUAUCGUUCGGCUCCUCUCUACUGAUCAACGAAGCUUUUCUUGGAUACUUAAUGUUAAUUUACUACUUGGAAAGCUAAAAGAGUCGAGGGUAAAAUUACGCACUAGUCUGUAAACUGGAGGAAGGAUGUUUCCGAUUUCUACAUAAAUGAACAACGUUUCUAAUCAAUUAUAUGGGACUAUUGCCAGGUAAUAACUUACGUGUCCUCUUGGGGUUAGACUUCAAUCUAUUUCCUUGAAUUUAUGUUUAUUUCCUUCACGUCUUAGCUCAAAGCCUCGUCGUUCUUAUCACCAAGAAAACAGUAAAAUCCAAUAAGUCGACUCGGAUAUAAUGUUAUGACUAAAUUGGAAAUUGUGGAAUUGGAACAGAGCCUUCAAGAUUUUUAUCAGAGGGGCGUAAUUAUCACACUACUAACAAUGUAGCAGAGUAAUUUACUUUUUCUUGAUUUAUAGAAAUCCUUCUACCCUGGUCACUAACUAUACAGAGAUUUGUGUAACUAUGCCGAGCCUUUAAAUUUGAGCACUCGGGCGCGCACACACACACACACACACACACACACACACACACACACACACACACACACAUAUAUAUAUAUAUAUAUAUAUAUAUAUAUAUAUAUAUAUAUAUUCAGAUAUGUUUUCACACUGACUAACUACUUCCCAUCAUAUAUUUUCUUGUAUGGCUCUGAAACGAGGCUUCAUGAAUCAGUUUUUUAUUUUUUAUUUUUUUUUAUUUUUAUUUAUUUAUUUAUUUUUUUUUAAAGCUGAAAUGUCAACGGCAAUUGUGCGAGAGUCUGUUGUAGUAUAUAACUGAACAAGUAUAUAUGAUGCACAUACUGAUGUUCCUAUAUUUAUUGUAACACUGUAAUUACUUCAAAAUAAUAAACUUUAUAUGAACUAA